CUCCAUCUGCCCCGAAUUGCAAUGGGCCGGAAAAAGAUCCAGAUUAGUCGGAUUUUGGACCAAAGGAAUCGGCAGGUCACGUUCACCAAGAGGAAGUUUGGGCUCAUGAAGAAGGCGUAUGAGCUCAGCGUCCUGUGCGACUGCGAGAUCGCCCUCAUCAUAUUCAACAGCGCCAACCGGCUCUUCCAGUAUGCCAGCACAGACAUGGACAAAGUGCUUCUCAAAUACACAGAGUAUAGCGAGCCCCAUGAAAGCCGGACCAACGCGGACAUCCUGGAGACCCUGAAAAGGAAAGGCUUGGGUAUUGAAGGUCCCGACCUGGAUCUGGAAGAAGCUCUGGAGCCAGCGAGGAAACUGAGGCAAUUUGGCGAGGGUGUGGACCUCACGCUGGCCCAACCCAAGCUCUGUUCUGUCCCUUCCCUCUCCAGCCUGGGAGGGGGGUCGAUGAGGACGCCCCCCUCUGGGAGCGAAGGUGGGGCGGCCGGCCCCCGGGAAUCCCCUCUCCAGCAGAGCCACCUGCCUAAGCACGCCACCCCUCCAGUGCGGUCUCCAACACCCCUGGGAACAGGGAUGGGCUACCCUCUCUUCUCCCACGGCAACCUGGGUCGGGCAGUGUCGAGCAAGCCCCCUCCUCCACUUUACUUGGGGACUGACCCCCGUCGAGGGGAAGGGCCCCUGUCUGCUGGCAGGAGCCACGUGGUGUCGGCCCGUUCCUUGUACCCUGGACUUCAGAGCACGAGUCCCGCCUUGUCUACAGGAAGCACCUGUCUCCCAGGGCAUGGGCUGCCGGGCUACUACUCCAUUUCCUCCAGCCACCCAGCCCACAGGAGGUUUCCCGUCCCAGCUGAGAUCACGGUUACUUCCCUCCCGUCUCCAGAGACCCUCAAAUCCCGACGCUCUUCUCCUUUCCCCAACAACUGUCCUGCAGAGUUUGCCCCUGGCGACGGACCUUCUUCGCACGCCUUCGGCCUGCAGGCGAGCGCAGUGUCCACUUGGCCGCACCGAGAGAUGUCCGCCUCCUCCCACCCAGCGCUGGGAGCAAUGGGUCGAAUCGGCGAUCAGCCCACGCUAGUAUCUGGCUCGCCUCCCCUGCGCCUGCCCAUCAGUGUCAAGUCCGAACGGGCUUCCCCGACGGCCCCGUGUGCCUCGACUGCCCCCCAGGCCUCUCAGGGCGCACACCCUUCGCACGCCGAUGUCCCCAUGGACCUACACUCCCGAGAUGACUACAUCAAGGCUUACCAUUACUCUCUCCUCCUCUCCCGCCCUCUGGCAGAUGAGCAGAGGCACCCCGGUUUCCCCACACGUCGCCCACAACCUGCUAUGGAUGAGUGGCAGAGAUAGUGGCAGGCUCACAUGUACGGAUGGAGCGAGGGAGCGAGCAUCUGCCUGAAUGUGGUUGUGUGAAUGUGUGUGAGAGCAGACUUUCUGUGGCCUUGAGCGUUCACGGGGAGUUUUCUCCAAGGAUUUGGGGGAGCAAAUUCUCCCAAAUUUGGGGGAGCGUGCUAGUUGCUCACACGCACAAAAUCAAAACGGUGCCAAUGGGUUGCUUGGCCAAUGAUAUUCUACACAGAGUAGACCCAUUGGCAUUAAUACAAAUACAGUAAGUAAUUCGUGUCAUUUUAAUUGCAAGGGGUUUCGUCCAAUGUUAGUCCUCCUCAGAACAGAUCCUUUGAAAUGAAUCAAUAUGGCUCACUUUGUUCUAUUAAUUGCAGGGGUCGACUCUUGAGUAGGAAGUAUGUAGUUGGAUGAAACCCAGUGGAUUUACUCUGAGUAGCCUGGACAUUUUGCCUCUCAGCUCAGCUCCGGCAAAUGUUAGAAACAUGCUCCCAAUUUUAAAAUGAAAGCUGGGGAUUUGGAGGUUACAGCUCGUGGGGGGGGGACUUCCCCUCAUUGCCCACCCCUCGUGGGCACCCAUAGGUGGGGCAAUUUGGGAAAGCAACUGAAAGAAAAGAUGGGAUUGUUGUUUCCCCACUGCCUGUUUCAUCUAAAUCUCCAGAGAUUUGGGAGGAAAGUCCCCCCUCGGAAAAAACAAACAAAAAGGGAUUGACAGCAGAUUUCAGGGUUUAUAAAAGCAAAUUGUUUCACCCCAUUAUGUAUAAAUCACUUGCGGAAUUACUGGCAGCAAGCUCUGGUGAGGCCCCCCGGGCUUAGAAAAAGGGUUGAGAGGAAAUCCACAAAGGAGGAGGACUAUCACUGACUUCUUGCUCCAGCAGCUAAAUGGAACCUCACUGUGCAAGGGCAGUAUACCUUAGAAUACAAUGGACGAUGCCUUUGGUAAGUUUUCCUGUUUUUGAGAUAAGAGGGAGAAGACCAGGGAGCCAGGAGCGGAACCAGGGCCAGUUUGCAACAUGGUGAAGAGAUUGCACC